AGUUGGAUCAAAUGUCAUGUUAUGAAAGAUUUAUUAACUCAUCAGAUCUAUGACACAGUUUGCAGAUACAUUCACAACUGCAUCAGCUAGAGAUAUCUCACAGAGAGAGAGAGAGAGAGAGAGAGAGAGAGUAAUGAAUUCUUAUCCCCUCACAAUUGUCACUGUGAUUAUCUAUUUCCUCCAUUCCAUCAAUGCCCAAACCUCUUUCUGCAACAAGGAAUGCCCUAUCACUAACAUGAGCAGAGGGGUUGAUAUGCACCAAGUUCACUCCCAUAUGCAAGAAAUGGAGUCUCUUCACAUUCCCAAUACUAGUGUUCAAACUGCAAAACUAAGAUCAUGGCAUAGUCACCAUGCUUGGCAUCACUAUCGGCACAUAAGAGCUAUGCAUGGGUUUCUAAACAUCAUAGGAUGGGGGACGCUGUUGCCAAUCGGGGUGAUCGUUGCGAGGUACUGCAGAGAAGUGCCAAUGAAAUGCAGUGAAUGGUACACGCUUCACACUAGGUGUCAAAUUUCAGGAGUUUUUCUGGGCUCAAUUGGUUGGGUCUUUGGUAUGUUGCUCAGAAAUGCUUCCAAGCAUUACAAGUUACAUACACAUGGUGUUCUGGGUACCAUUAUUUUCACAUUGGCAACAAUUCAAGUGUUGAGCAUUUGUUUUAAACCAGAAGAAGAACAUGAAUGUCACAAGUACUGGAAGGCAUGGCAUCAUGUUUUGGGGUAUGCAUUGAUUGCUAUGAUCAUAGCAAAUAUAUUUCGAGGGAUUGAUAAUCAAAGUCCAAAAUACAGAUGGAAAUGGACUUACAUUGUAAUCCUAGCAAUUUUGGCUUCAAUUGCCCUAGCUUUGGAACUUUACAAGUGGAUUAAGAUCAUAGUUUACAAAUCAAUGGUGUUGAAUAGAAGCACUUACGCUUCUUCUUGAUUUUUUUUUUCUCUUUUUCUUUUCUUUCUUUUUUCUAUUUAAUAAGCCUAUGCUCAAAAGGCCUCCAUUACAAUGUCAUUCUUUGAGUUAUAAGAGAAUCUCCAAUAAAUUGAUGUCAAAAGUAAUG